AUGAAUUUAUUAAAUACACCACGUCUGAAAAAAGAACUAGGCCAGUUACUUAACAAACCUCCUUUUGGUAUUAAGGUGAAUGUAAAAGAAGGAUCAACCUCUGUUUUAGAAGCUGAACUCCACGGACCAAAAGAUUCUCCAUAUGAAAAUGGAAUUUUCAAAUUGCAGAUAGAAUUGCCAGUGAAGUAUCCAUUUGAACCUCCCAGAGUAACAUUCAUAACACCUGUUUAUCAUCCAAACAUAGACAGUGGCGGCAGAAUCUGCUUGGACAUUUUGAAAAUGCCUCCAUCUGGUGCAUGGAAACCAUUGAUAAACAUUGAAGGCGUAUUGGUUGCGAUAUGCAAUCUAAUGAACUGUCCAAACCCUAAUGAUCCGCUGGUACUGGACAUUGCAAAAGAAUUUAAGAAUGAUAAAGAAACAUUUGAAUCCAAAGCUAAACACUAUACCAAAGAACAUGCUACUUUAGUCACUGUAUGA